AGGAUUUUCUCUUUAGUGUUCCGCUGGUCCACCUUAUGAACAACUGCAAUCUCAACUUCACAGGGGAGAAGAAGAAGUUGCUUUUUUCUGCGUUUUCGAUCUGGCUUGCAGAGCCAAAUAAUUUAUUGCUCUCCAAGACUGAGUUACUGUGCUUCCUCCCUUUUUCGAGGGCUUGGAGUUGCCUUCAUCUCUCAUUGUCAUUUGCCCUCUUGACAUCAAAGCACUCAAACAGCCAUGGGCUGUUUCUGUGCAGUCCCGGAGGAAUUUUAUUGUGAAGUUCUGCUUCUGGAUGAAUCCAAAUUGACCUUAACCACCCAGCAGCAGGGAAUAAAGAAGUCAACGAAAGGGUCGGUUGUCCUAGGCUACGUAUUCCGGCAUUUAAACCUUGUGGAGAUAGAUUACUUUGGACUGCGUUACUGUGACAGAAGUCACCAGACGUACUGGCUGGAUCCUGCAAAGACGCUUGCAGAACAUAAGGAACUCAUAAACACUGGUCCACCUUAUACACUUUACUUUGGUGUUAAAUUCUAUGCAGAAGAUCCAUGCAGAUUAAAAGAAGAAAUCACCAGGUAUCAAUUUUUCUUGCAGGUGAAGCAGGAUGUCUUGCAAGGGCGCUUGCCUUGUCCUAUCAACAUUGCUGCUCAGCUGGGAGCUUAUGCAGUACAGUCUGAACUUGGAGACUAUGACCCAUAUAAGCACAUGGCAGGUUACGUUUCAGAAUACCGCUUUGUUCCAGAUCAGAAGGAAGAACUAGAAGAAGCCAUAGAACGGAUACACAAAACUUUGAUGAGCCAAGUUCCAGCUGAGGCAGAAUUGAACUACCUAGGAGUGGCAAAGACACUUGAAAUGUAUGGAGUUGAUCUUCAUCCUGUCUAUGGUGAAAACAAAUCUGAAUAUUUUGUAGGGUUAACCCCUGUAGGAGUGGUUGUCUAUAAAAAUAAAAAGCAAGUAGGAAAGUAUUUUUGGCCUAGAAUUACGAAGGUCCACUUCAAGGAAACUCAGUUUGAACUCAGAGUUUUGGGGAAAGAUUGUAAUGAAACAUCCUUCUUUUUUGAAGCACAUAGCAAAACCGCAUGCAAACAUUUGUGGAAAUGCUGUGUAGAUCAGCACACGUUCUUCAGAAUGCCAGAAAAUGAGUCCAAUUCUCUAUCAAGAAAACUUGGCAAGCUUGGAUCUCUUGGCUAUAAGCAUCGGUUUAGUGGGAGGACAGCUUUGCAAAUGAACAGAGAUCUUUCUGUCCAGCUGCCUCGACCUGACCAAACAGUUGAAAGAAGUCGUAGUAAGACAUAUCCAAAAAGAACAUCAAAAACACAGCCGAUUGGAUCACAUUGUACAAACCAGGUUAUUACACACAAAGAAACUGGAGAAAACGAAGGAACUACUAAAAUUAUUGCUCCCUCACCAAUAAAAAGUUUCAAGAAAUCAAGAAAUGAAAGCAGUCCAGAAAACCAAAGAAGUAAAACUGGUGCACCAUGGGAAGAAAACGGCCCACAGAGUGGGCUUUACAAUUCUCCCAGCGACCGCAACAGAUCACCAAAGUUUUCUUAUUCACGACGACGUCAUCCUUCAGGUGGGAGUGAAAAUGAACCUGGGCAGCCACUUAGAAGAAGGUCCCGAUCCCGUUGUAAUACCAGCAGUGGUAGUGAAUCAGAAAAUUCUAACAGGGAACAUCGGAAGAAGAGACACAGGUUACGGCAGGAGAAUGACAUGGUUGAUUCAGCUCCUCAGUGGGAAGCAGUGCUGAGGCGACAAAAGGAGAAAAACCAAUCCGAGUCCAACCACCGGCGAUCCAGGCACAGAUCUCGAUCGAGAAGUCCAGAUGUGCAAGCAAAGGAAGAAUUAUGGAAACACAUUCAAAAGGAACUUGUGGAUCCAUCUGGCCUCUCUGAGGAGCAAUUAAGAGAGAUUCCAUAUACUAAAAUAGAGACUCAAGGUGACCCUGUUCGCAUUAGACACUCCCAUUCCCCUCGAAGCUAUCGCCAGUAUCGACGGUCGCAGUGCUCUGAUGGGGAGAGAUCCGUUCUAUCAGAAGUGAACUCAAAAACAGACCUUGUGCCUCCAUUACCUGUAACCCGCUCCUCAGAUGCUCAGUGCCCCACCAUCGCAGUAUCCCAGCAGAGGCGAAAUGGAUCUAAGGACAGCCUGAUAGAAGAAAAGUCACAGGCAUCCAUCAGCAGCCUGGAUGGAAAGCACAGCGCUAAGACAAUAAAAAUCGUACAAGCAUCACGGUUUAAGAUAGACACUUGACUCCUAUAACAGAAGACUGCAAGUGAUUGCUGCUUCCUAAAUGAAUUUACAAAUGGUACAGGCGUCCAAAUGCAAUUGCCAGAAAGACUUAUUUUCUUGGCCUAAAGAAAAGCCAAGACUUAAGUAUAAAAUGAUCUUGCUUAAGAACACUUUGAAGCCCAGCCUGACUGCUCUGGAAGUCACACUGAUAAGACCGGUAUUUUGAACAAAAAUAAAGGCAGCUGCUGACUUAUGGAACAAAGACUUUAUUAAAACACAAGCCAGCUACUCCAGUUCUAGAACCAAUUACAGCUGAUUGUAAUAAUGGACACAGUGCCCUGGGUGACUCUGAGAUUUGAUUCCAAGAGUGGAAUUAUCAGUAAAGGUGCACAAGGGUCAAUGCAUUUGCCAAAUGUGCAAUAGCAAAUGUUCUUUACUAUGAGGGCUGCAAUCCAUAUGCCUUUACUUGCCUAGCAAUUACAUACUCCGUUCUUGUUCAUAACAGUGUUGAAUCUCUUAUUAGAACUUGACAGAUCACCUUUAUGCAAUGAAUUUAUCAUACAGAUUACUUGGUUAUGCAAAACCAGAUUUCCUUUCACGACUUUAUACAUGGUCUUCUAAUUUAGUACUGUUCCACUAAAAUGGAAGCUUUUCUUAUAAUUCAUGAUAUCAUUGCCAAAGUUGUUGGGACAUUUA